CAACACUUCCUGGCGGGAGUUAUGGCGGACAGCAGCGAAGCAAAGUCUGUUCCUCCGACUGCUCCGGAGGUUUUGGAUGAGAAUAGUUUAACCCUUCAAGAUAUAUUGGAUGAAGAAGAAGAGCUCGAAGAAGAUGCCAAUGCAGUCCUCGGAGGAAGUGAUGACAAAAAUUGCACGUACGCACAGGGUUAUGUGAACCGCCAGGCACUAUAUGCAUGCAUCACAUGUGUGCCUCCAAAUGCAGAACCUGCAGGAGUUUGUCUCGCCUGUAGUUAUGCAUGCCAUGAGGGUCAUGAGCUCUACGAGCUCUACACAAAAAGGAAUUUUCGGUGCGACUGUGGAAAUAGUCACUUUCCGAGUAGCAACCAGUGUCGUCUCUUUCCAGUAAAAGACAGCAUCAAUGAAAAGAAUAACUACAACCACAAUUUCCAUGGGCGAUACUGCACGUGCGGUCGUCCCUAUCCAGACCCAGAGGAUGACGUAAACGAUGAGAUGUUACAGUGCAUAAUGUGUGAAGACUGGUACCAUGGAAGGCAUUUGGGUGAUAGGGUACCGGACAACCGAGACUACAGUGAGAUGAUCUGCCUUUGCUGUAUGGGGAAGCAUUCAUUUUUAUGGAAAUAUUACAAGAAUGCGAUCCGCAUUGACAAAAAAGGCGAAGACGGUUCUGCAAACAUAAGUCUUGAUGUCACAAAUAGUCAGUGCUCUAAACCUGCUGACAUAUAUGAGAAGGCACAGAAAGAUGCAGCAUCCAUCUCAAAUGGGGACACGAAAGAUGGACUGUCAUGUACCAAUGGAGAAAAGAACGAUCGUAAAGAAGCACUGUUGCACAGUGCAGCGAAACAGGAAACUGUGGCGAGCGAAUGCCUGUACAUGCAGCUGCCUGCAGUGAACGAAGAUAAGUUAACCAGCAGGAGUACGUUCUGGCCCUCUGGUUGGCGCUCAACUCUUUGCCGUUGUUCAAGCUGCGUGGCCAUGUACAAAGAGCAGCAGUGUAGUUAUCUUCUUGAGGACGAUGACACUGUACAAGCGUACGAGGAAAGAGGGAAAGAGAAAAGGGGAGAGAUGCCCCAAGGUGACCCCCUCAUGUCUGCUCUGGGGACCUUGGGGAGGGUGCAGCAAAUUGAGGCCAUUCAUGGCUACAAUAAUCUCAAGACAGAACUGACAGACUUUCUGAAGAAAUUUGCAGAUACUCGAAAGGUGGUGCGGGAGGAGGACGUGAGGGAGUUCUUUGGACAGAUGCAGGCGAGGAAGAGACAGCGGGUAUCGACGGUUCCUCACUUCUGCCGGUAGUGAUUUGUAAUUUGUUCAUCAUGAAUCCGUAUAAAGUGUUGUGCUUUUAACAUAAA